AUGAAGACUUUCCUCUUCCACUUAGCUGUGCUCCUGCUUCUGGCCCCAGCCAAGAACGCCUUUUUAGAUGAGAAGUGCCUUAAACUUAACGGAAGAUGCGAGAAUUAUUGCUACAAAAACCAAGAGCUCGCAGGCCUCUGCCAGACAGGCCUGAAGUGCUGUAUGACCGUGGAGCCCUGUGGGCGGGGCAUCUAUGAGUGA